UGACUUGCUGCAUGUGAAAAGACAAUCUUCAGUUUCCCAGCGUAUUUAAAAUGUUCAAUAUACUCAAGGGUUUUGAUGCUCAAGCGACAUCAACCUACAUCAACCCCUAUGCUGUGGAUGUGAUCCAGGCAAAGAGAAGGGACCUAGUUUAUGGGAUCACACACACCGAGGAUCUACUGGAUCUUCUCGUCACAGAGGGGGUGAUGACGGCAGCAAAGAGAUCCAUUGUCUUGACCAUCAGGACUCGCAAAGAUCAAAACUCCAGGGUCCUGGAGAUCCUGGAGGCCAAAGGGGAAAGAGCGUGUCGGAAAUUCUUUCAUCCGUGUCUUAUGCUGGCAGAACCCGACCUUUAUCUGCGAAUCAAAACCUAUUUGGGUGGUGUGAAUGAACGUAUACGAGACACAAGGAGACAGCUGAUUGGAUAUUUGCUGGAGAGGGAGCAGGAGGGGAUGGAGGAAAUUACACGUGGAAUUGUCACUCAGAAGACUCGUACUUUAUUUGCCACCAAAGCAACUAAGAAAUCUAGCCCUGAAAAGGAAGACAGAAGCACUGUGCCACUUUUAAAGCCAGAGGAGCACAAACCAGUGCAAAGUAAACCGGAAGAUCUCAUCCACAUUAUGGCUACAGACGGGGAGCUAGCACUGCUGGAGGAGCUGUUAGAAGACACUGAUAUUAACGCUGUCAAUUCCUCCAGUCAGACUCUUUUACACGUAGCUGCUGAGCACGGUCACCUGUCCAUCAUUGAGCUCUUGAUCCGUAAAGGAGCCAGACUGAACCUGCAGGAUAAUAAGGGUCAUACAGCUCUUCACAGAGCAGCCAUCAGGGGUCGCGCCGAGAUAGUCGGGGCCCUCAUACAGGCCGGGGCCCCCAUCUACACUCUGGAUCUACAAAGCAAAACCCCUGUUCACCUGGCAGCGGACAAUAAGCACCUGGAUUCUGUGAAAGUCCUGGUGAAGGAGGAGGCCAAGCAGUGUGAGAGCCACGCGCAGGACAUGUUCCUUCACAUGGCAGCCAUGGAGGACAACUGGAGGCUGGCAGAGCUGCUGCUGCAGAGCGGGGCCGCCGUCGGUGCCAGAAACAACAGUAAAAAAACAGCUCUUUUUCACGCAGUUUCCAGGAACAAUGAGAAAAUGGUGACUGUCCUUUUAAAUGCAGGGGCUGAAGUUGACUAUGAUGUCAUAAAUGAAGCCCUUAAGCUCAAUGAAGAAUCAAUUCUCCGUCUGCUGCUCGGUAAUCCCAGAGGAGCUCGGAGUGAAGAAGCCCUCGGCUCUGCUCUCUUCUCAGCUGUUCAACAGAACCAUGAUGGACUGGUUGCCACUCUCAUAGACAGCGGAGCAAACGUGAACAUGUUAGACAAACAGGGGUACACUCCUCUCCUGCUGUCAGCUGAGCUGGGGCACACUGAGGUCUUCAGAGUGCUGGUAGCAAAACAGGCCAAACUGGAUGCUACAUUAUCCGACCUGUCCUCAGCAUUGCACCUGGCCGUCUACAGUGGCAGCGUGCCCAUAGUGCAGACGUUGCUGAAUAAGGGAUUAGACCCCGACAUAACUGGACCUAAAGGACAAACCCCUUUACACCUGGCAGCUCAGUGCAAUAGGCCAGAACUAGUUGAUGUGUUGCUACAAGCUGGAGCACAGGUAAAUGCGUUAGCCCAGGAUGGGCUGACCCCUCUGCAUAUAGCCAGUCAACAGGGCCAUGCAGACUCAGUGACCCAGCUUCUUCAAGGCAAGGCAGACCCAGAAAUCAAAGACAAGCUGGGUAGGACAGCCUUGCACUGGGCAGCCUCCUCCCAGGGGGAAAGCUGUGUGGUAGACCUGCUGCUGUCGGCCAAAGCCAACCCAAACACCACCGAUAAGGAGAAAAGAACUGCCCUUCACCUGGCUGCUGCGGAGGGGAAAGUAGAUGCUGUGACCUCACUGUUGUCCCACAAGGCAAAGGGACUGGCUAAAGACAUGGACGGCUCCACACCUCUCCAUUACGCAGCAGCUGCUGGGCACGCCGGCGUGGUUUCAGCUCUUCUACAGUUACUCAACAACAGAGGGACAGAGGAGAGGAAUACAUGGAGGAAAACGCCGCUUCAUGCUGCGGCUGAGAGGGGCCACGAUAGUGUGACGGCGCUGCUCCUGGAGGCUGGGGCAAAGAUCAACAGCACAGAUCACAGUAAAGACACCCCUCUACACUGUGCUGCACGAGGUGGACACCAGGAGGUAGUGAAGAGGCUCGUAAACUGGGGCCAAGCUGGGCACAUGGGGCAGCACAAGAAGGUGAAUCUGCAGGCGGCCAACAAUGUGGGGAAGACACCACUGCAGGUGGCAAAGAGUGGAGACACACCAGAACAUGAGAGCAUUGCGACUUUACUUGGGAGAAAGAUGUUUCUUAUCAAAUAA